AUGGAAGACGACUCUGCUGCCCCUUCCGUCGCAUCUGACCUUCCACUCGAUACGCCGACCGACGACGAAGAAUCUGACCAGCUGGCCUCAGACAUGGACGACGAUGACUAUUACACGCGUGCACGCGGAGAGACAUGCCUACCGUCUAGCAGAAUACAGAACAUUGUUAAGGCUCAUGGCGCUCUUGGGAGUCUCGCGCUUUCGAGAGAAGCAAUGUUUGUUCUAUCUGUCGCUACAGAAGAGUUCAUUGGACGCCUCGCAUUGCAGGGUUCUCUCAACGUUACACGCCAGGCCCGACACUCUUUUGAAUAUUGGGAUAUGGCUACAGCAGUUCAUGACGGGGCUGAAUUCUCCUUUCUCAUGGACACGAUACCGCUUCCAGUUACGGCACAAGAGGCGAUGGAGCUGCGUGAGGAAAGGCGGAAAGAAUUGAUCGCGAAUGACCCAGCACUCCUUGAAUCCACGAACCAUCUUCCUCUUAACGGAACGACCACCUCGACAGUCACGAAGCCCAAGGCGAAAAGCAAACCCAAUGGUAAAGAAAAAGCAAGCAAAAAUGCGAAUGCAAGUGCUGGUGGUGGUCGAACAAAAAGUUCACAAAGUAGUUCACUUCGCUGGGACACGGCAGGUGGAAGUAACGGCCAGUCAGCCAGCGCACCGAUAGCCAGCACGAGUGUGUCCGCUUCAUCUACGAGGGGAAGUCGAGGGGAAGCUGGUUGGUCACGCUGGGCUGCUGAAGGAACACCCUUUCCUGUCGACCCUCGACUAAAUGGCUUGCUCGCAAAUGCUAAUGCGCAUACUGCACAAACCCUGGCUGCUCUCAACGGACUGCGAUCUGGAGAUCCUGCUGCCGUGUCUUCUUUGCUCGCAAACCCUUACCAGCGCACAACGUUAUGGACUAGCACAAGUGCUUCAACUACCAACUCACGUGGGGCAUCAGACAAUACCACUCCGACCUCGGAGCGACCAUCGAGUAGUCUGACGACAGAAAACCCUGGACGCACUAUAUAUUCAGAACCAAAGCCUCCGCCAGCCGCUCUUAGCGUAUCAUCACUUUUGAAUCUGACCACCAUGACUCAGACCUCGAACUUGCCCAUCAUCAACAUCGCUCCUUACUUGCGUCCCGCCAACACACCAGAAGAGCUUUCGGCACGCAAGGCUGUCUCAGACGCUCUUCAUGGCGCGUCUCUUCGCUUUGGAUUCUUCUAUCUCGACAUUUCUGCCUAUGUGGAUGCAUCGGUCCCAGAGGAGCUCACCUCACUGGCUCGUACCUUUUUCCAUCUCCCCCAAGAGACCAAGGACGAGAUUUCUCUCACGAAGCAAGACAAUGCUCGCGGUUAUCAACGCCUGAAGCAGAAUGUCACCAACGGCAAGGCGGAUAAUCAUGAAGGGUUGGACAUGUAUCGCCCAGUCGAGCAUCCUGACAAGACCAAGCCGCUCUGGGGGGAAAACCAGUUCCCUGAUGUACCGGGAUUCCGCAAGAAAUACGAGGACUGGAUCGAAAAGAUGAAAGCCUUGGGAUUAAUCGUUAUGGAAGCGAUGGCAGUUGGUCUUGGGCUGACGCCAGACGAGUGGACGGAACUUCGUGCGCAAGUCGACGAUAGCUUUUGGGUCAUGCGGGCAAUAGGUUACCCACCACUUCCAGGUGACCAUGACGGCUUUUCUUGCGGUGCCCACAAGGACUAUGGCUGCCUCACAUUUCUGUACGCGGACCCAACGCCGUCCGCAUUGCAAGUAUUCUUACAACAGCCGGGCACCACAAACGGUGCUAGCGAGUCACAAGGACUGCCAGCAGAGCAGGGCGACGUCGAGGGCGUCUGGAUCAACGCUGACCCCAUUCCAGGCUGCGUGGUCUGCAACAUUGGGGAGAUGUGGGAAAUCUGGACCAAUGGUCUUUACAAGUCGACACUCCACCGAGUGGUUCACAGAUCUUCCAACUACCGCGUAUCGAUUCCAUUCUUCUUCGAGCCAAAUUUCGAUGCUAUGGUCAAGCCAUUGGCUGCGGCUAACCGUAUACUCGGCAAUUCCGCGCCGGAGGCAAAGCCAGUUUGCUAUGGCGACUUCCUGAUGGGAAAAGUGGGGCAAAUACGACAACUAAAAUGUCGCGGGCCAUUCAGCAGAUUCUAA